UUAAUAAGACCAGUGUUUUGCAUAGCGUUGAUCCUGUGUGCAGGGAGGGGCAGUGUAGCAGAGUGACUGGCUGAAUUAUCCCAUUCCAGCAGCGAGGCAGCAGCAGCACAUGUAGAGAGAGACACAGCACCUUCACAAGAGCCCACACCACCUGCCUGAGGUGCAUUACCCCCAGUGUGGGUGUUUGACUAAUGUUACCAGAAAGAGAGGAAUCCAAACUGCAGGACUGAGGUGCAGGGGCAAGUUUCUGUAUAACCAUCCAAUCAUACAAGACUUUUGCCAAGCUUGGAAGAUCCCGGGAUGCACAGCAGUACCUGGACUGGCGAGACAUGCAGGGAUUAGUGUUCAACAAUUACGUUUCCCUUAAAAAGCUCAAAGAUCAGAUCCCCGGGACAUACACAGAACACUGACAAACAACGUCUGAAUGGAAAAAAAUCCUAAGGCACCCCAGACAUCUCCCGGCAGUGUCGUCUCUUUAAGAGGGCCCAGCGUGCCGGGGUCUCCCUCUUCCAUCUCUGCUCGGAUGGAUAGUCGGGUUCUGGGGUAUAAGGAUCUUGCUGCCCUCCCUCGUGAUAAGGCCAUUCUAGAUAUUGAGCGGCCAGACCUGAUGAUAUAUGAACCACACUUCACCUACACCGCUUUAGAGAACACAGAGACUCUACGCAGCCGAGAGCGCUCCCUGUCACCCAAGUCCAUUACACCACCACCAUCCCCUGAGGUCUCUGCACUUUGGGCUGAGACCAAAUCUACUGCUAGUGGCUCAGUUGUGCAUGGAGCACAUGGAGGAACCAGUUCACCAAGAGGAGGAGUCCAACAUUUCCACUGCCCAGAGUUGUCUCAGGCUGAACCCAAUUUAUAUAAGAAGCCACCAAUCUACAGAGUGAAAGAAUCAGGAAUCUUACACAGACUGUCCGAUGACCCCAUCGUUGAAUCAUCAAAGUUUCCAGCUGCAAAACCACCGGAUCCCAACCAGCCUGCAAAGAUUGAGACAGACUAUUGGCCAUGCCCACCUUCCUUGGCAGUAGUAGAGUCUGAGAGACGUCGUUCAAAGUCCAAAAGUGGAGAGGAAGAGAGUGAAGAAGGGGAGGCUGUGAGAGACCUACUGGACAUGAAGCUAAACAAGAUCCAGUCUAACCUGGGGAAACUCAUCCUGAAAGAGGAAAUGCAGAAAGGUGGCACUCCAAGGAGGAAGACUCGCUCCCUGCCUGACCGGACACCAAUUUAUAUACCGGUACAUUCUGGGUACGGAAGGAGCAGCUUAACAAGGCUGCUGUCUGCAGAGUUUCCAGCUCCAGAUCAUCCGAAAGAAGCAUAUCAGGUAAGCAUGCCAAGGAAUCAUUUGAGUCAGAGGUUGCCAAUGAAUACAACUUGCUGGUCUUCUGGCAAUAUUUAUUUCCCACAGAAUGGAGAAGGUCUGCGAUCACGGAUGGACCGAGGCAAUUCACUCCCCAGCAUGCUAGAACAGACGACCAUUCCUUAUGAUAUGCUAAUUGUUACUAAUAGAGGACGCCAGAAACUGCCUCCUGGGGUUGAUAGGACUCAGCUGGAGAGGUACCUGUCCCCUGAAGACUUCCAGCGCCUCUUCUGUAUGCCUGUGGAAGAAUUUGUUAAAUUGCCUCUAUGGAAGAGGAAUGAACUCAAGAGAAAGCUGCUUCUGUUCUAACCCUACAUGGGCCAUAUCUGCCCUUCACUUCUAACAAGGAAGUGGUAAAGCCAGGAGAUGCCACCUCAGCUUCUGUGCAGUCAGGGGGAGAGUGAGAGCUUGACGUUCGUGUCUGAAAUAAGUGGCUCUACAAUUAUUAAGUGGCUCUACACUGAAAGGAAACUCCAGUUCUCCUCAUAACUAACACACACUUCACCUGAGACCAUAUUGUCUUCUGAAAGGCCCAUCUCUUACUUAGACAUAUCAUCAGAUUCCUCACACCAUGUUUGGUCCAUUUCCUUAACAAUCAUCAGAUACUCACACACUUGUAUAUGAACCUGCUACUAAACCUAGAUAAUUAAGAUUUAUAUCUCACAUAUAACCAGACCUAUGACCUCAUCAAUGAACCUGUGUGGAAUCUUCUCAUGCAUCCUAUACUCCAAUAUCACAAUUCUCUUAGCAAGAUAAACUUCUAUAAUGUUACUACAAUAUUAGCAUCAGACAGAGCAGUAAACAUGCUACAUACUAAGCAAAUUCAUGUUUUCUAUACUAUGAAUACCCAGCAUCUUCAACAUUCACAGCACCACCAGUAAACUAGUCACGCACACUAGAAGCUUCAAUCACUUCUGUAGAAACAUUUAGAAUUCUGUCACUGGUUUGUGGAACAAUAUGCUGGGCAUGCAAUCAUGACAUAGAUAUUUAGUAAUUAGGGGUGGAGGUGCUAUUUAACUAUUGCUGUAAGCUGCCAAGGCUGUGCGUGUUUAAUGGGUGAGUGCUUUCACUUUACUGCAAACAAGUCAUCUCCUUUCAGUGAAAUGGACAUUAAGGCAAAUCUGGAACCAUCUGCAAAAUUUGCCCGAAAGGACAGUUUCAAACAUACCAUUGCUUGCUGUGUGUGGUUUGUGACCUAAUGGAAUUCUUUGGUACAUGCUUCUCCCCAUUGAGACUUUGCACAUGACGUCAAGUCAUCUCCUAAUUACACAUUUGCCUCUUUCAUCCAUCACUUUUCAUCUGACACUUCCUAAAUUCCAGCACUAACCACCAUAUGUCCAUGUCCCUUAUGGUCACAUCUCAUCUAGAUAAACCUUUCCCCACUGUGUUUUACCUUUCCCCUCAACCACCUGAAGUCAUCCUUCACCUUGCCUCUCCAUGUGUGACUCCCAGAGACAUUCCCUUCACCAAAAAUGUUGAGUCCCUUAUGUGCCUCAUAUAUGUCCAGUCUGUCUUCUACAUGUCUCGUGUCCUUUUUCCAUGUGGAAGCUUUUUUCCCAUAAAGUUUUGCCUUCUGAUGUAUAAUUAAUAUUAUUAAAGUAAGUAAAUUGA